AUUUUACCAUUCACUUCUCAGCGUUUAUGAAUAAAGGCGGCCAUAUCUAGAACUGAAGAUGUUGAUCGCAGGAGUUUUAAUAUCAUUUUUUUACCUCAAUGUUGCCUCAAGUUUUAAUCCGGGAAAAAGAGAUGAGGAAAUGAGAAGAGCUUUGUAUCUACGAAGCGAUGAUUCGCUUCGUAGAUACAAAGCUCUUCUCAUUUCCCGUCCGCAGAUAGAAAAGGAUCAGGAAUGGAACAAACAUAAUUUGGUUAUGAAUGAUUUUUACGCAGCCAGGGAUGAAGUUGCCAGAAGAAAUCUAAGGAUCCAACAAUGGAAAGACAUGGAACGAAUGAGGAGAAUGAGACAACCGCAGUUUUUCGACAUGACUAGAGAUGGAGCUAGAAUCAAGCAGCAAGAAAGUGGUUAUUUUAAGCGAGAAAUAGAUUACGUGCAUUGCAUGGACACUUGCAAAAAUGAAUAUGAUCCACAAUUAUGCUGUAAAAUGAAAUGCAAAAUGGAUUUUUGUUUAUUGCAACUUCCGGGAGUUGCAGCUUGAGUGCUACUGUUAUUUAUCUUUAAAUAUUAACUACGUGUAUUACUGUGUAUAUAGUUUUUGCUAUUGUUUUUGCUAUUAAAAAUGAAUGCUGGGA